ACGCAAGAAGCAUGACACCCGUUUGAGUUUGCUGUUACUUAAACUCUAAAUAUAUCUUCUGCACACCACUGAAGACAGAGUCUUAUUAUAUAGUGUGCUUUCUAGAAGUGGAAAGCGAUACAAAGCUUGUGUGUAGCUUUGUCAACGAAAGCGUCACAACGGUUAAGUUCCACCACCUGUACCUUUUUUGGGAUUUGAAGUCUGUUUUGCCGGCCAUCACAAUGACGGCGCAUUAAGGAGAGUUACCGAAAGAACUACAACCAGCCUCUCCUGUGAAACCGUCCGGACAGCUCGCAACCCCGCCCACCCCUGCUUCCCUGCUACAGCUUUCAGGCAAAAAACUUCCUGAAUAAGACACAAUCAAAACAAAAAGGGGCUUAUCGAAGCAAACACUCGGCACCUGUCUGUUUUAAUUAUAUCUUGGAUGUGUCCACUAUUUUAUCACCGGACACUUUGACGUUAUCGUGCUAGUUAGCUAACGUUAACGACGAAGUUGAUCACCUGCCACUGCUAAUCUAAUUUUAGCGUUAACGCUACAGGUUUACUUUUUAACAUUGUCCUCCUUCUCUUCAUUGGCUACACUCUCACCACAGGUCCUCGUCUGCUCCCAUUCUGUCAUCCUCCGUGAGUGAUUGAAUGACAUAAAACUGGCAGUGGACAGGCACACACACAAAGGGUCAUUGAUUGGUCAAGGAUGACCAUGGAAGACACGAAGAAUGAAGCCGACACCGCCUCAAUAGUCUCCAUGGCUCUCUACACUGUGAUGUAUCCCGUCUUCAACCAGUUGGAGAAAGUCAACCUAUCGGCAGCACAGACCUUGAGAGCAGCCAUUAUAAAGGCAGAGAAGGAGAACCCAGGUCUGACCCAGGACAUUGUUAUGAAAAUACUGGAGAAGAAGAAUAUAAAAAUUGACUAUAAUGAGUCUCUACUUCGCAUGGCAGACGAUGUGGACGUGUUCAUGAUUGACAGACGAGAGCCAGAGUUCCAGGAGCUGAACGAGAGGGCCCGAGCUCUAAAACACAUCCUCAGCACCAUACCAGAUGAGAUCAAUGACAGAGUAGGCUUCCUACAGUCCAUCAAAGACAUUGCCAGUGCCAUCAAGGAGCUGCUAGACACGGUUAAUACAGUCUUCAGGAAAUACCAGUAUCAGAAUAGACGGGCACUGGAACAGCAGAAGAAAGAGUUUGUGAAAUACUCCAAAAGCUUCAGUGUCACUCUCAAAACCUACUUCAGAGAUGGAAAAGUGGCAAACGUGUUUGUCAGCGCCAACCGGCUCACCCACCAAACCAACAUGAUACUGCAGGCCUUCAAGACUGUGGUGUAGCAGCUCGAGAACACCCCCCCCCAGAGAAACACACACACACACACACACACACACACACACACACACACACACACUUUUUUAUUAGAGAAUAGAUGAUAUGAGGCUUUGUAAUUUGUAAAGACAUUUUAUUAUUUUGGGCUGUAUAAUUUAUAAUUCCGUGGCUUUGAGGGGAGAUCAUGUAGUUUGAGGUUCAAAGCAAAUCAGGUUGACAGUAAUUGCCAGGGAUUUUUUACUCUCUUUUAAGUUUCUUUCUUUUAUCAGAUUCUGAAGUCGAUAUUUCUUUGUUCCUUUUAAAUAUUUCCCCUCUCUGCUCAGUGCUGUUUAGUUCUUAAAAAGUUUAGAAAAAAAUGUGGUUAUUUCCCAUGUCCUUAAAAGUUUGGUUAUUU